UGGCCAAUCUGCUGUUGCGCGGACUGGAUCAUAACUAGCCAGCCGCUCCCAUUCCUCGCAUCCCUCCGCGCUCCUCAUUGUGCUCUGCUGACUCAGUGCCUUAAGCAUCCUCCGCUCUCAACGCCACUGGCACAAACCUCGACCAUUGUGGAAAUUAAUACGCAUUCAAGAAGAGACACCAUGGCCAAAACAGCUAUCGCAUACAAGGAGAAGAUGAAGGAGCUGUCCAUGCUCUCGCUCAUUUGCUCCUGCUUCAGCCCACAGACACGCAACAACCUUGUCUGUGAGUUUGAAGAUAUGGAAGUUAAGCCAAUAAACAAAAGGGCCUCAGGCCAGGCCUUCGAGGUGAUUCUGAAACCCCCCUCACCCGUGUCAGACGUGGCCCACAGCAUCACCUCUCCUCCAAAGAAGAGGGAUAUGUCACUGGAGGACAUCCAGAAGAAGCUGGAGGCUGCUGAGAACCGCAGGAGGUCCCAGGAAGCUCAUGUGCUCAAAGUUCUGGCUGAGAAACGUGAGCACGAGAGGGAUGUGCUGCUCAAAGCCAUGGAGGAAAACAGCAACUUCAGCAAGAUGGCAGAGGAAAAGCUGAUUCUGAAGAUGGAGCAGAACAAGGAAAACCGUGAGGCCCAACUGGCAGCCAUAAUGGAACGCCUGCAUGAGAAGGAGCGACAUGCUGCAAUUGUCCGCAGGAACAAGGAGCUGAGGGAAGAACUAAUAGCGUGAAGUUAUUCUUCUCCUCCUCAUACCCUUCAUCAGCCAACCCGUCAUCCUAUCCUGCUCACACACACACUCACACACACACAACCACUGGUAAAAACCAGUCAGAACAACUAGUGUCACACUCGUAUACAGUUUGAACAGUCUUGCUUGAUUUCAUUAUGGAAGCCAGUUUCCGCUACUAAAUAAAAAAUAAAAGGUAAAAGGUAAUUGCGACUUUUUAUCUCACAAUUCUGACUUUUUUUUCUCAGAAUUGCCAUUUCAUAUCUCGCAAUUCUGACUUUAUAUCUCGCAAUUCUGAGAAAACUGCGAGAUAUGAAUUGCGAGAUAUGAACUCACAAUUCUGAGAAAAAAAGACAGAAUUAUAUUUACAUCUCGCAAUUUUAACUUUAUAACUCGCAGUUUCUACUUUAUAACUCGCAACUGCAUGUUAUAAAGUCAGAAUUGCAAGAUAUUAACUCGCAAUUCCGAGAAAAAAGUCAGAAUUGUGAGAUAAAAAGUCGCAAUUACCUUGUUUUAUUUUUUAUUAAGUGGCAGAAACGGGCUUCCAUAUUACAUAGAGUAAUGGGAAGACACAAGUAUUAUUUUGUAAAUACAUCUUUUUUAUCUCUCACUCUUUCUCUCUCUUUUUCUCUAUCUAUCUUUCUGUCUAUCAGAUUGAAUGAUAACAAAUCAAAUGUAUCAAAUCUCCACGAUACAUUAUGUUGAUUCUUUCAUUAUUAUUUGUCGAUUUCUCAGUUGUUUUGGUUGAGGCACGUCUGGUUUGAUCAUGUGAAAGGUUUUUGAUGUUGUGAGUAAGCUGCCCGCUUACGUUUGCAGUGUUAAAUGAUGUGAAGUUCGGUGUAAUUGUGAAGAAUGCAAAAAGCUUCAGUGCUCAGGCCCCAGAUUUCCGUUUUAAAAUGCAAACCUACCCAGACUCAUGAAUAUAUAGUGCACUUACGUUUAUAUACAGCAUGAUCAAGACAUUUUCCUGAACAAAUAGCUUGAAAUAUGAGUACUGAAACAAAUAAAAACAUGUUAAUAGUGUUUCAUUUGUAAGCAAAAUGUAUUUUUAGUUUCUUUGCUUAUUAUCGUUCCAUAAAAUGAAAUAUCACUCUCUUGAAAUGUUACGCACAUCUGCAUGUCGACCUCUUUUGUUGGCUGAUGUUUGGAAACUGCACCCUUUCUGGAACGUUUGGAUGAGAGUCUAGACAGCUUGACAUAGCCUGCGUUAUAUUACAAAAGAAAAGGAAAAAAUAACCAGCCGGUUCUUACCCUGUUGCUCCCUUUGAGCGAGGUUUUCUUUUCGUUGACCUGCCCCGUUCCUCUACAUUGAUUCAGGCCUUCAGCACUCAAGGCUGAUGUUUGUCAUCUGUCUCUAGCAGGAGUAGACAUCUUCAUUAGUGCAGCAGUGUAAUAAAGGGAGUCGUAUAUCUCUGAAUGUUCUGGCAUCUGCCUGGCUUGAUAAAAUAGGUAACAUCUUUACCAGCUGAAUGUAUCCUCAUAUACUCCCAACUACAGCCUUUGACGUGUGACUAUUUUCUAUUUAUUUGAUUUUCUUGCGACUGGAGUGAGUGUGUGUAAGUGUGUGUGUCCACGUUAGGUUGACCGAGCAUUUGUGCCCUUUCUCUCUGGAAGUGAAGUGAUGCGGAAUAUGCACUGAAUGAUUAUGAUUUUACUUGGAUUUGUUUUUCUUAUCACUGUCUCCUCUAUAAAUAUGCUUGAAGUGUCUUCGGCUGCCAAAAUGGUCUUUUCCCCCUCUCAUUUCUGUGUGUGCAAAAUUUGGUGAAAAUAAAGGUUUGGGGUUCUGUGAA